AAGGAGUCAGGACAGGAUGAAGCAGAGUGUGGUCAAAGAGCCUUGGAGGAGCCUUCAGCUUGUGGAUUGUGGAAUAUAUCAGAAUUUUGAAAGACAGUGGGUCAGAAGUAAACUGCCACCAUGAGUACGGACGCGGAGAUGGCCAUUUAUGGCAAAGCUGCCAUUUACCUCCGUAAGCCAGAAAGGGAGAGAAUUGAGGCUCAAAGUGCACCAUUUGAUGCCAAGACUGCCUGCUACGUGGCUGAUGUCAAGGAGCUGUACUUGAAGGCAAAAAUCCUCAAGAAAGAGGGUGACAAAGUCACUGUUGAAAUCCUGACCACUAAAGAGGAGAGGACAGUGAAAGAAUGUGACGUCCAUCCAAUGAACCCUCCCAAGUAUGACAAGAUUGAGGACAUGGCCAUGAUGACCCAUCUCAAUGAAGCCUCUGUGCUGUAUAACCUCAAAGAGCGUUAUGCAGCAUGGAUGAUCUACACCUACUCUGGAUUGUUCUGUGCCACUGUGAACCCCUACAAGUGGCUCCCAGUGUAUGAUGCUGAAUGUGUAAGUGCCUAUAGAGGCAAGAAGCGUAUGGAGGCUCCACCCCACAUCUUCUCUGUCUCUGACAACGCUUUUCAGUUCAUGCUUACUGAUAGGGAGAACCAGUCUGUCUUGAUCACUGGAGAAUCUGGUGCUGGAAAGACUGUGAACACCAAGCGUGUCAUCCAGUACUUUGCUACAAUCUCAGUUGGUGGACCGAAGAAGGACGACGCAAAGGGGUCACUGGAAGAUCAGAUUAUUGCAGCCAAUCCCCUGCUGGAGGCCUAUGGUAACGCCAAAACUAUUAGGAAUGACAACUCUUCUCGUUUUGGUAAAUUCAUCAGAAUCCAUUUCGGCGCAACUGGCAAACUGGCUAGUGCUGAUAUUGAGACAUAUCUGCUGGAGAAGUCUAGAGUGACAUACCAGCUUUCUGAUGAGAGAGGCUACCACAUCUUCUUCCAAAUGAUGACUGGCCACAAGCCAGAGCUGCUUGAUAUGGCGCUUAUCACCACCAACCCCUACGACUUCCCCAUGUGUAGCAUGGGUCAGAUCACUGUGGCCAGCAUUGAUGACAAAGUUGAGCUGGAAGCCACUGAUAAUGCCAUUGAUAUCCUGGGCUUCAGCAAUGAAGAGAAGGUGAGCAUCUACAAGUUAACUGGUGCUGUACUUCACCAUGGUAACAUGAAGUUCAAGCAGAAGCAGCGUGAGGAGCAGGCUGAGCCUGAUGGCACAGAGGAGGCUGACAAGGUUGCUUACUUGCUGGGUCUGAACUCCGCUGACAUGCUCAAGGCUCUGUGCUAUCCCAGAGUGAAGGUCGGAAAUGAGUAUGUCACCAAGGGACAGACUGUACCUCAGGUGAAUAAUGCAGUGACAGCCCUGGCCAAGGCUAUCUACGAGAGGAUGUUCUUGUGGAUGGUCGUUCGUAUUAACCAGAUGUUGGACACUAAACAAGCAAGGCAGUAUUACAUUGGUGUCCUGGAUAUUGCUGGUUUCGAAAUUUUUGACUUCAACACCUUGGAACAGCUGUGCAUCAACUUCACUAAUGAAAAACUGCAACAGUUUUUCAACCACACCAUGUUUGUCCUUGAGCAAGAGGAGUACAAGAAGGAGGGUAUUGUCUGGGAUUUCAUUGACUUUGGCAUGGACUUGGCUGCCUGCAUUGAGCUCAUUGAAAAGCCCAUGGGUAUCUUCUCCAUCCUUGAAGAGGAGUGCAUGUUCCCCAAGGCCACAGACACAUCCUUCAAGAACAAGCUGUAUGACCAGCAUCUUGGCAAAGCUAAAGCAUUUGAAAAGCCUAAGCCCGCCAAGAAAGGCAAGAUUGAGGCCCACUUCUCCCUGGUGCACUAUGCCGGUACCGUGGACUACAAUAUCACUGGCUGGCUGGACAAGAACAAGGAUCCACUGAAUGACUCCGUUGUUCAGCUCUACAUGAAAUCCUCAGUGAAAGUGCUGGCUAUCUGCUUCCCUCCUGUUGUUGAGGAAACUGGCAAGAAGGGAGGCAAGAAGAAGGGUGGUUCUAUGCAGACUGUAUCUUCACAGUUUAGGGAGAAUUUGGGCAAGCUGAUGACUAACUUGAGGAGCACCCAUCCUCACUUUGUGCGCUGCCUGAUUCCCAAUGAGUCAAAGACUCCAGGUCUGAUGGAGAACUUCCUGGUCAUCCACCAGCUCAGGUGUAACGGUGUGCUGGAGGGUAUCAGAAUCUGCAGAAAAGGUUUCCCCAGCAGAAUCCUCUAUGCAGACUUCAAGCAGAGGUACAAGGUGCUGAAUGCCAGUGUCAUCCCCGAGGGCCAGUUCAUUGACAACAAGAAGGCUUCAGAGAAGCUGCUUGGGUCAAUUGAUAUUAAUCAUGAUGAGUACAAAUUUGGACACACAAAGGUGUUCUUCAAGGCGGGUCUGCUGGGUGUCCUGGAGGAGAUGAGAGAUGAAAAACUGGCAACUCUUGUCACCAUGACUCAGGCUUUGUGCCGUGGUUACGUCAUGAGAAGAGAGUUUGUGAAGAUGAUGGAGAGAAGGGAAGCUAUAUAUACCAUCCAGUACAAUAUCCGCUCAUUCAUGAAUGUCAAACACUGGCCAUGGAUGAAGGUAUACUACAAGAUCAAGCCUCUGCUGAAGAGUGCUGAAACUGAGAAGGAGCUGGCAAAUAUGAAGGAAAACUAUGAAAAGAUGAAGACUGACUUGGCUGCUGCCCUGGCCAAGAAGAAGGAGCUGGAGGAGAAGAUGGUGUCCCUUCUGCAGGAAAAGAAUGACCUGCAGCUGCAAGUAGCAUCUGAAUCAGAGAAUCUGAAUGAUGCUGAAGAGAGAUGUGAGGGACUUAUCAAGAGCAAGAUUCAGAUGGAGGCCAAACUCAAAGAGAUAACUGAGAGACUGGAGGAUGAAGAGGAAAUCAAUGCUGAGCUCACUGCCAAGAAGAGAAAGCUGGAGGAUGAAUGCUCUGAGCUCAAGAAGGAUAUUGAUGACCUGGAGCUUACCUUGGCCAAAGUGGAAAAAGAGAAACAUGCCACAGAGAACAAGGUGAAGAACCUAACUGAGGAGAUGGCCUCUCAGGAUGAGAGCAUUGCUAAGCUGACCAAGGAAAAGAAAGCUCUUCAGGAGGCUCAUCAGCAGACUCUUGAUGACCUGCAGGCAGAGGAAGACAAAGUCAACACUCUGACCAAGGCCAAGACCAAGCUUGAGCAGCAAGUGGAUGAUCUUGAGGGUUCUCUGGAGCAAGAGAAGAAGCUCCGUAUGGACCUUGAGAGAGCCAAGAGAAAGCUUGAGGGUGAUCUGAAACUGGCCCAGGAAUCCAUCAUGGAUCUUGAGAAUGACAAGCAGCAGUCUGAUGAGAAGAUCAAAAAGAAGGACUUUGAAAUCAGUCAGCUGCUUAGCAAGAUUGAAGAUGAGCAGUCACUGGGUGCUCAGCUUCAGAAGAAGAUCAAGGAGCUCCAGGCUCGUAUUGAAGAACUGGAGGAGGAGAUUGAGGCUGAGCGUGCUGCUCGUGCCAAGGUUGAGAAGCAAAGAGCUGACCUCUCCAGGGAACUUGAGGAGAUCAGUGAGAGGCUGGAGGAGGCCGGUGGAGCCACUGCUGCUCAGAUUGAGAUGAACAAGAAGCGUGAAGCCGAGUUCCAGAAGCUCCGUCGUGAUCUUGAGGAGUCCACUCUGCAGCAUGAAGCCACUGCUGCUGCUCUUCGCAAGAAGCAGGCUGACAGCGUUGCUGAGCUGGGAGAGCAGAUCGACAACCUUCAGCGUGUGAAGCAGAAGCUUGAGAAGGAAAAGAGUGAAUACAAGAUGGAGAUUGAUGACCUCUCCAGCAACAUGGAGAAUGUUGCUAAAGCAAAGGGAAAUCUUGAAAAGAUGUGCCGUACUCUUGAGGACCAACUUAGCGAACUGAAGACCAAGAAUGAUGAAAAUGUCCGUCAAAUCAAUGACACAAAUGCACAGAAAGCACGUCUCCUGACAGAAAAUGGCGAGUUCAGCCGUCAAGUUGAAGAGAAAGAAGCUCUUGUCUCCCAGCUGACCAGAGGCAAACAGGCAUUCACACAGCAGAUUGAGGAACUGAAAAGACAGAUUGAAGAGGAGGUUAAGGCCAAGAAUGCUCUUGCCCAUGGACUGCAAUCAGCCCGCCAUGACUGUGAUCUGCUGAGGGAGCAGUUUGAGGAGGAGCAAGAGGCCAAGGCUGAACUGCAGCGUGGAAUGUCCAAGGCCAACAGUGAGGUGGCUCAGUGGAGAACUAAGUAUGAAACUGAUGCUAUCCAGCGUACUGAGGAGCUUGAGGAAUCCAAAAAAAAGCUGGCUCAGCGUCUUCAGGAGGCUGAGGAGCAGAUUGAGGCAGUGAAUUCCAAGUGUGCUUCUCUUGAGAAAACCAAACAGAGACUCCAGAGUGAGGUGGAGGACCUCAUGAUUGAUGUGGAGAGGGCAAAUGGGCUGGCUGCCAACCUGGACAAGAAGCAGAGGAACUUUGACAAGGUGUUGGCAGAGUGGAAACAGAAGUUUGAGGAGGGUCAGGCAGAGCUCGAGGGAGCACAGAAGGAGACUCGUUCUCUCAGCACUGAGCUGUUCAAGAUGAAGAACUCUUAUGAGGAAUCUCUAGAUCAGCUGGAGACCAUGAAGCGUGAAAACAAGAACCUGCAGCAGGAGAUCUCAGAUCUGACUGAACAGAUUGGUGAGACUGGCAAGAGCAUCCAUGAGCUGGAGAAGUCCAAGAAGCAGGUGGAGACUGAGAAGGCUGAGAUCCAGACAGCUCUUGAGGAGGCUGAGGGAACUCUGGAACACGAGGAGUCUAAGAUCCUGCGUGUCCAGCUGGAGCUAAACCAGAUUAAGGGUGAAGUGGACAGGAAGCUGGCAGAAAAAGAUGAGGAGAUGGAGCAGAUCAAGAGGAACAGUCAGAGGGUGAUUGACUCCAUGCAGAGCACUUUGGAUUCUGAGGUCAGGAGCAGAAAUGAUGCCCUGAGAAUCAAGAAGAAGAUGGAGGGAGACCUGAAUGAGAUGGAGAUUCAGCUGAGCCAUGCCAAUCGCCAGGCUGCUGAGUCCCAGAAGCAGCUGAGGAAUGUGCAGGCGCAACUGAAGGAUGCACAAUUGCACCUUGAUGAUGCUAUCAGAGCACAGGAAGACUUUAAGGAACAAGCUGCUAUGGUGGAUCGCAGAAACGGUUUGAUGGUAGCUGAAAUUGAGGAACUUAGAGCUGCUCUGGAACAGACGGAAAGAAGUCGCAAAAUUGCUGAGCAGGAGCUGGUGGAUGCCAGUGAGCGUGUUGGACUCCUGCACUCUCAGAACACAAGCCUUCUGAACUCCAAGAAGAAGCUUGAGUCUGACCUGGUCCAGGUCCAGAGUGAAGUGGAUGACACUGUUCAGGAAGCAAGAAAUGCAGAGGAAAAGGCCAAGAAGGCCAUCACUGAUGCUGCAAUGAUGGCUGAAGAGCUGAAAAAGGAGCAGGAUACCAGCGCUCACCUGGAGAGGAUGAAGAAGAACCUGGAGGUUGCUGUUAAGGACCUGCAGCACCGCCUGGAUGAGGCUGAGAACCUGGCCAUGAAGGGUGGCAAGAAGCAGCUCCAGAAACUUGAGUCCAGGGUGCGUGAACUGGAGGCAGAGGUUGAGGCUGAGCAGAGACGUGGGGCAGAUGCCAUUAAGGGUGUCCGCAAAUAUGAGAGGAGGGUGAAAGAGCUCACCUAUCAGACUGAGGAGGACAAGAAAAACGUUAACAGGCUGCAGGAUCUGGUUGACAAAUUGCAGCUGAAGGUGAAGGCCUACAAGAGGCAGGCUGAGGAGGCGGAGGAGCAGGCCAACACUCAUCUGUCCAAGUGCAGGAAGGUGCAGCAUGAGCUGGAGGAGGCUGAGGAGCGUGCUGACAUCGCAGAGUCCCAGGUCAACAAGUUGAGAGCUAAGAGCCGUGACUCUGGCAAGGGAAAAGAGGCAGCUGAGCUUUUGCUGUGUCAUGAAAACCUGAUUCAAUAUAAAGGCUAUUUGUGGACACAGAGGGAUACCAAAGACCUAGGAGUUCCUGCUUGUGGAUUGGUGAAUACUGUUGACAGAGAGGAGACAUCAGCCGGCACUAUGAGUACAGAUGCAGAAAUGGCCAUUUAUGGCAAAGCUGCCAUUUACCUUCGAAAGCCAGAAAGGGAGAGACUUGAGGCUCAAAGUGCACCAUUUGACGCCAAGAGUGCCUGCUACGUCGCCGAUGUCAAGGAGCUGUACUUGAAGGCAAAAAUUCUCAAGAAAGAUGGUGGCAAAGUCACUGUUGAAGUCCUGGACACUAAGGAGGAGAGGACAGUGAAAGAAUCUGACAUCAAUCCAAUGAACCCUCCCAAGUAUGACAAAAUUGAGGACAUGGCCAUGAUGACCCAUCUCAAUGAAGCCUCUGUGCUGUAUAACCUCAAAGAGCGUUAUGCAGCAUGGAUGAUCUAUACCUACUCUGGGUUGUUCUGUGCCACUGUGAACCCCUACAAGUGGCUCCCAGUGUAUGAUUCUGAAUGUGUGGGUGCCUAUAGAGGCAAGAAGCGUAUGGAGGCUCCACCCCACAUCUUCUCUGUCUCUGACAACGCUUAUCAGUUCAUGCUUACUGAUAGGGAGAACCAGUCUGUCUUGAUCACUGGAGAAUCUGGGGCUGGAAAGACUGUGAACACCAAGCGUGUCAUCCAGUACUUUGCAACAAUCGCAGUUGGUGGACCAAAAAGGGACAUGUCAAAGGGGUCACUGGAGGAUCAGAUUAUUGCAGCCAAUCCCCUGCUGGAGGCCUAUGGUAACGCCAAAACUAUUAGGAAUGACAAUUCUUCUCGUUUUGGUAAAUUCAUCAGAAUCCAUUUUGGCACAACUGGCAAACUGGCUAGUGCUGAUAUUGAGACAUAUCUGUUGGAGAAGUCUAGAGUGACAUUCCAGCUUCCUGAUGAGAGAGGCUACCACAUCUUCUAUCAGAUGAUGACUGCACACAUACCUGAGCUGAUUGAUAUGGCACUCAUCACCACCAACCCCUAUGACUUCCCAAUGUGUAGCAUGGGUCAGAUCACUGUGGCCAGUAUUGAUGACAAAGUUGAGCUUGAAGCCACUGAUAACGCUAUUGAUAUCCUGGGCUUCAUAAAUGAAGAGAAGGUGAGCAUCUACAAGUUAACUGGUGCUGUGCUUCACCAUGGUAACAUGAAGUUCAAGCAGAAGCAGCGUGAGGAGCAGGCUGAGCCUGAUGGCACAGAGGAGGCUGACAAGGUUGCUUACUUGCUGGGUCUGAACUCUGCUGACAUGCUCAAGGCACUGUGCUAUCCCAGAGUGAAGGUCGGAAAUGAGUAUGUCACCAAGGGACAGACUGUACCUCAAGUGAUGAACUCAGUGACAGCCCUGGCCAAGGCUAUCUAUGAGAGGAUGUUCUUGUGGAUGGUCGUUCGUAUUAACCAGAUGUUGGACACUAAACAAGCAAGACAGUUCUACAUUGGUGUCCUGGAUAUUGCUGGCUUUGAAAUCUUUGACUUCAACACCUUGGAACAGCUGUGCAUCAACUUCACCAAUGAGAAACUGCAACAGUUUUUCAACCACACCAUGUUUGUCCUGGAGCAAGAGGAGUACAAGAAGGAGGGUAUUAUCUGGGAGUUCAUUGACUUUGGCAUGGACUUAGCUGCUUGCAUUGAGCUCAUUGAAAAGCCCAUGGGCAUCUUCUCCAUCCUUGAAGAGGAGUGUAUGUUCCCCAAGGCCACAGACACAUCCUUUAAGAACAAGCUGUAUGACCAGCAUCUUGGCAAAACUAAAGCAUUUGAGAAGCCUAAGCCCGCCAAAGGCAAGGCUGAGGCCCACUUCUCCUUGGUGCACUACGCCGGUACCGUGGACUACAAUAUCAAUGGCUGGCUGGAAAAGAACAAGGAUCCACUGAAUGACUCCGUCUGUCAGCUGUACCAGAAAUCCCCAGUGAAACUGCUUUCUAUCUGCUUUCCUCUUAUUGUUGAGGAUACUACCAAGAAAGGAGGCAAGAAGAAGGGUGGUUCUAUGCAGACUGUGUCAUCACAGUUUAGGGAGAACUUGGGCAAGCUGAUGACUAACUUGAGGAGCACACAUCCUCACUUUGUGCGCUGCCUGAUUCCCAAUGAGUCAAAGACUCCAGGUCUGAUGGAGAACUUCCUGGUCAUCCACCAGCUCAGGUGUAACGGUGUGCUGGAGGGUAUCAGAAUCUGCAGAAAAGGUUUCCCCAGCAGAAUCCUUUAUGCUGACUUCAAGCAGAGAUACAAGGUGCUGAAUGCCAGUGUUAUCCCCGAGGGCCAGUUCAUUGACAACAAGAAGGCUUCAGAGAAGCUGCUUGGGUCAAUUGAUGUUAAUCACGAAGAGUACAAAUUUGGACACACCAAGGUGUUCUUCAAGGCCGGUCUGCUGGGUGUCCUGGAGGAGAUGAGAGAUGAGAAACUGUCAUCUCUUGUCACCAUGACUCAGGCUUUGGCCCGUGGCUAUGUCAUGAGAAAGGAGUUUGUGAAGAUGACAGAGAGGAGGGAAGCCAUAUAUACCAUCCAGUACAAUAUCCGCUCAUUCAUGAAUGUCAAACACUGGCCAUGGAUGAAGGUGUACUACAAGAUCAAGCCUCUGCUGAAGACUGCUGAAACGGAGAAGGAGCUGGCAAAUAUGAAGGAGAAUUAUGAUAAGAUGAAGACUGACUUGGCUGCUGCCCUGGCCAAGAAGAAGGAACUGGAGGAGAAGAUGGUGUCCCUUCUGCAGGAGAAGAAUGACCUGCAGCUGCAAGUAGCAUCUGAAUCAGAGAAUCUGAAUGAUGCUGAAGAGAGAUGUGAGGGACUUAUCAAGAGUAAGAUUCAGAUGGAGGCCAAACUCAAAGAGACAAGUGAGCGGCUCGAGGAUGAGGAGGAAAUCAAUGCUGAGCUCACUGCCAAGAAGAGAAAGCUGGAGGAUGAAUGCUCUGAGCUCAAGAAGGAUAUUGAUGACCUGGAGCUUACCUUGGCCAAAGUGGAAAAAGAGAAACAUGCCACAGAGAACAAGGUGAAGAACCUGACCGAGGAGAUGGCCUCUCAGGAUGAGAGCAUUGCUAAGCUGACCAAGGAAAAGAAAGCCCUUCAGGAGGCUCAUCAGCAGACUCUUGAUGACCUGCAGGCAGAGGAAGACAAAGUCAACACUCUGACCAAGGCCAAGACCAAGCUUGAGCAGCAAGUGGAUGAUCUUGAGGGUUCUCUGGAGCAAGAGAAGAAGCUCCGUAUGGACCUUGAGAGAGCCAAGAGAAAGCUUGAGGGUGAUCUAAAACUGGCCCAGGAAUCCAUCAUGGAUCUUGAGAAUGAGAAGCAGCAGUCUGAUGAGAAGAUCAAAAAGAAGGACUUUGAAAUCAGUCAGCUCCUUAGCAAAGUUGAAGAUGAGCAGUCACUGGGUGCUCAGCUUCAGAAGAAGAUCAAGGAGCUCCAGGCUCGUAUUGAGGAACUGGAGGAGGAGAUUGAGGCUGAGCGUGCCGCUCGUGCUAAGGUUGAGAAGCAGAGAGCUGACCUCUCCAGGGAACUUGAGGAGAUCAGUGAGAGGCUGGAGGAGGCCGGUGGAGCCACUGCUGCUCAGAUUGAGAUGAACAAGAAACGUGAAGCCGAGUUCCAGAAGCUCCGUCGUGAUCUUGAGGAGUCCACUCUGCAGCAUGAAGCCACUGCUGCUGCUCUUCGCAAGAAGCAGGCUGACAGCGUUGCUGAGCUGGGAGAGCAGAUCGACAACCUCCAGCGUGUAAAGCAGAAGCUUGAGAAGGAAAAGAGUGAAUACAAGAUGGAGAUUGAUGACCUCUCCAGCAACAUGGAGAAUGUUGCUAAAGCAAAGGGAAAUCUUGAAAAGAUGUGCCGUACUCUUGAGGACCAACUCAGCGAACUGAAGACCAAGAAUGAUGAAAAUGUCCGUCAAAUCAAUGACACAAGUGCACAGAGAGCACGUCUCCUGACAGAAAAUGGUGAGUUCAGCCGUCAAGUUGAAGAGAAAGAAGCUCUUGUCUCCCAGCUGACCAGAGGCAAACAGGCAUUUACACAGCAGAUUGAGGAGCUGAAAAGACAUAUUGAAGAGGAGGUUAAGGCCAAGAAUGCUCUUGCCCAUGGACUGCAAUCAGCACGCCAUGACUGUGAUCUGCUGAGGGAGCAGUUUGAGGAGGAGCAAGAGGCCAAGGCUGAACUGCAGCGUGGAAUGUCCAAAGCCAACAGUGAGGUGGCUCAGUGGAGAGCUAAGUAUGAAACUGAUGCUGUCCAGCGCACUGAGGAGCUUGAGGAAUCCAAGAAAAAGCUGGCUCAGCGUCUUCAGGAGGCUGAGGAGCAGAUUGAGGCUGUGAAUUCCAAGUGCGCUUCUCUUGAGAAAACCAAACAGAGGCUCCAGAGUGAGGUGGAGGACCUCAUGAUUGAUGUGGAGAGGGCCAAUGGGCUGGCGGCCAACCUGGACAAGAAGCAGAGGAACUUUGACAAGGUGUUGGCAGAGUGGAAACAGAAGUAUGAGGAGGGUCAGGCAGAGCUCGAGGGAGCACAGAAGGAAACUCGUUCUCUCAGCACUGAGCUGUUCAAGAUGAAGAACUCUUAUGAGGAAUCUCUGGAUCAGCUGGAGACCAUGAAGCGUGAAAGCAAGAACUUGCAACAGGAGAUCUCCGAUCUGACUGAACAGAUUGGUGAGACUGGCAAGAGCAUCCAUGAGCUGGAGAAGUCCAAGAAGCAGGUGGAGACCGAAAAGACUGAGAUCCAGACAGCUCUCGAGGAGGCUGAGGGAACUCUGGAACAUGAGGAGUCUAAGAUCCUGCGUGUCCAGCUGGAGCUCAACCAGAUUAAGGGUGAAGUGGACAGGAAGCUGGCAGAGAAAGAUGAAGAGAUGGAGCAGAUCAAGAGGAACAGUCAGAGGGUGAUUGACUCCAUGCAGAGCAAUCUGGAUUCUGAGGUCAGGAGCAGGAACGAUGCCCUGAGAAUCAAGAAGAAGAUGGAGGGAGACCUGAAUGAGAUGGAGAUUCAGCUGAGCCAUGCCAAUCGCCAGGCUGCUGAGUCCCAGAAGCAGCUGAGGAAUGUGCAGGCGCAACUGAAGGAUGCACAACUGCACCUUGAUGAUGCUGUCAGAGCGCAGGAAGAGUUCAAAGAACAAGCUGCUAUGGUAGAUCGCAGAAACGGUCUGAUGGUAGCUGAAAUUGAGGAACUUAGAGCUGCUCUGGAACAGACGGAGAGAAGUCGCAAAACUGCUGAGCAGGAGUUGGUGGAUGCCAGUGAGCGUGUUGGACUUCUGCACUCUCAGAACACAAGCCUUCUGAACUCCAAGAAGAAGCUUGAGUCUGACCUGGUCCAGGUCCAGAGUGAAGUGGAUGACACUGUUCAGGAAGCAAGGAAUGCAGAGGAGAAGGCCAAGAAGGCCAUCACUGAUGCUGCUAUGAUGGCUGAGGAGCUGAAGAAGGAGCAAGAUACCAGCUCCCACCUGGAGAGGAUGAAGAAGAACCUGGAGGUCACUGUUAAAGACCUGCAGCACCGCCUGGAUGAGGCUGAGAACCUGGCCAUGAAGGGUGGCAAGAAGCAGCUCCAGAAACUUGAGUCCAGGGUGCGUGAACUGGAGGCAGAGGUUGAGGCUGAGCAGAGACGAGGAGGAGAUGCCAUUAAGGGUGUUCGUAAAUAUGAGAGGAGGGUGAAGGAGCUCACCUAUCAGACAGAGGAGGACAAGAAAAAUGUUACCAGGCUGCAGGAUCUAGUUGACAAGUUGCAGCUUAAAGUCAAGGCCUACAAGAGGCAGGCUGAGGAGGCGGAGGAGCAAGCCAACUCUCAUCUGUCCAAGUGCAGGAAGGUGCAGCAUGAGCUGGAGGAGGCUGAGGAGCGCGCUGACAUCGCAGAGUCCCAGGUCAACAAGCUGAGAGCCAAGAGCCGUGACUCUGGCAAGGGUAAAGAGGCAGCGGAAUAAAGAAAACAGCCUGAUCAGCUGUUCCUAAUCAUAUAAUAUGAUGCGAGAUGUGCUGUAAAAAUAAAUUGUUUCCUUGUCACAGUUAAA